AAUCGUAGUAAAGCGUCACUCAUCACACAGUACACAUAGACACAGAAGUUUUAGAGAGAGAGAGAGAGAGAGCGCUCUGCCCUAGGAAAAAAUGCAUUCAGAUAAGGACUUGUAACAGUUGUAGUAGUUCACCAAUUUGCUCUUCUGGGAACUUCUCAGAGUCAUUAACUUUCGGCCACCGAUCGUCAAUUUCAUUUCAUUUCAUUUCAAUCUCUAAAUUCAAAUUCACCAAUUUCAACGAAUUUCAUUUCACUUUCUCUCUUUGCCCUUGAAAUUCACACAUUUUCUCUCUCUAACUUCAAGCUUCACACCAUCAAUUCUUCUUUCUUUUUACCCGUUUGUUGCUUUUUGUUGUCCCAAAAGUAGGAAUUUUUUUAGCAAUUCAGUGGCAUUGAUUAGAACCCUUUCUUGUUUUUUUUUUUUUUUUUUUAGAGGUAUGCUUGGAGUUUAAGAUUGUAAUACUGGUUGGUGAGAGACUGAGAGUGACAAAACCAGUUUGGUCUUUGCUCUUCUUUUUCUUCAAAAUGAAGCCUUUUAUGUUUCUAUGGUUUGGUAAGACGUAAAUUUAGCUUCAAUUUUAUGCCUUUCUUUAAAUACUUAUCCUUUGAAUGUGAACUGUUUUUCUCUUGCUUGUUCUGUUUCUGUUAGUUCUGUUUAGACUGUUUAUAUUUAUUCUUGUGUUGGUCUCCUAGUAAUGUCAUGUUUCUGAAGAAGGAUAGUCUAGGGUUUUUUUCCUCUUAAUUAUUUAUAUUAUUUUGGUACUUUUGUUCAUAAAUUUUGUUAUAUAUAUGUAUAUAUAUUUCCUUUUGAAAUAAUUAUUCCACUUGUAGAUUGAUAUGGAGCUUGACCUUGUAUUUUGAAUGUUUGGUUGAGGGUUUUUGUUGUUCAGUUGUGGUUGAGUCUUAGUGUGUGAUUCUUAUGGUGAACAUUCCACUUCAUCUUCUUCCAUUGUUCUUAUAAAAUUUUGUAAUAUUUUUUACAAACAAGGUACAUUGUAGAAACUCUUUUUAGUGUCCAGGAAUUGGGGUCUAAUCAAGUCAUCAUGUUUAUAUUUUGUGCAUUUUUGCUGUAGCGUUGCAUUGUAAAGAACAUUAGAGCAGAGAGGAGAUUUCUAGAUUUUACUCAGAAACUGAUAUUGUGGAUUGGAUUGGAGUUUUGGGUCAAAGUUGGUCUAGAUUAUUUUAGGUAGAAGUUAUUUGAAGUAAAUGAAUGGAUCGGAGAGAAGCUAUGGGGUUAUCUGGGUCGGCUUCUUACUACAUGCAAAGAGGGAUGACUGGGUCUGGGAUGCAGGGAUCACCGAGCAUACGCCCAUUAUCUAAUCCCAGUGUACCAUUUCAAUCAAACAUUGGGGGCAGCUCAAUUGGAUCCACAUUGCCAAUAGAGACUUCAUCAGCAAUAUCACCUCAUGGUAUUAAUAUGGGUGCACCAUCUGUUAUGCCAUCUGGUGAGCCUGUUAAAAGGAAAAGGGGAAGGCCUCGAAAAUAUGGACCUGAUGGGUCGGUGUCAUUGGCUUUAUCUUCAUCAUCAUCUACACCUCCAGGAACAAUAACUUCAACCCAGAAGCGGGGAAGAGGGCGGCCACCAGGGACGGGGAGAAAGCAACAAUUAGCUUCUUUUGGUUUAAUUGAUUUGCUAGGUGAAUGGCUUUCUGGCUCAGCUGGGAUUGGAUUUACUCCACAUGUCAUCACCAUUGCUAUAGGAGAAGACAUCACAACAAAAAUAAUGUCGUUUUCGCAGCAGGGGCCAAGAGCUAUAUGCAUCUUGUCAGCAAAUGGAGCUGUCUCCACUGCGACCAUUCGUCAGCCUUCAACUUCUGGUGGCACUGUCACAUAUGAGGGGCGUUUUGAGAUAAUAUGUCUCUCAGGAUCUUACUUGCUCACUGAUAGUGGUGGCCCCAGUGGCCGAACUGGCGGUUUAAGUGUCUCCCUAGCGAGUCCUGAUGGUCGUGUCAUUGGUGGGGGAGUAGGGGGAAUGCUUAUUGCAGCCAGCCCUGUACAGGUAAUAGUGGGAAGCUUUGUAUGGGGUAGUUCAAAGACAAAGAGCAAAGUUGCUAGAGAUUCAGUCCAUCAGACUGCUGACAAUUCAGUCAUUCCAACUAGUAGUGUUCCUUUGAGUCAAAAUCUCAAUCUGACCUCUCCAAUGGGCGUUUGGCCCAGUUCACGGCCGAUGGACAUGCAAAAUGCUCACGAUGACAUUGAUCUGAUGCGCGGAUGACAGAUUUCGUUGGCAGACAAGUCGUGUAUAUAUUUUGCUGUUCCAAAGCCACUUGACUCUAAUUUCUUCAGUCCCGCCCAAAAAAAAACAAAUCUGGUGUUUUUGUGCUUGAUGGAUCUCACGUCAUACACUAAUGGAAGGCAAUUGGGUUGUACUAGUAUUUUUUUAACUUAAUCGAAAUUUGGUUCGGAUUUUAGUGCCAUGGUUCUAUUAUUUUUCCGUGUAUAUUUAUUGGCUGAGUAGCCAUGGUUGUGAUCUAACUCAAUUUGAUAUAUGUCAAAAAUAGGAGAUCUAUUUUGUUUACAUCUAAAUAA